AUGUUAUGGCUGCUCGGUCGCGAUCGACCAAUAGGACUGCCUGCAGUGAACAAAAGGGGCUACGCGGGACUAGCUUCUAUUGCGCGAAAGGUCGACGUUAGUGGAAUGCGCCAGUUCAAUGAGAACAAAGAAUUCCUGGAGCCAAACCUGAAACGAAAGGAUCCUGUUAUUUCGACAAGUUAGAA